AUGUUUCAUUGGGUUCUAGUAGUGCUUUUCCUGUCAUUAUGUUGCUUUCAAGGAGCUGCUCAUUCAUCAUCUCCUCCUUCUGCUCAAACAGAGGCAGCAGCUCUUCUCAGAUGGAAAUCCAAUCUCUUAAAUCCAAACAACCCUCUGUUAAGUUCAUGGCAUGUUCACCACCCAAUUACCAAUGGUUCAAGAACCCAAAGUCCGUGCAAUUGGUAUGGAGUUUCAUGCAUCAAUGGAAGUGUCCAUACUCUGAACCUCACUGAGUCAAAUAUUUCUGGUACACUUCACGGUUUCCCAUUUCUAUCGCUCCCUAACCUUGAGUAUCUUGAUUUUUCCAUGAAUGAACUCUCUGGCAGAAUCCCACCACAGAUAGGUAACCUCUCCCAGCUGAUACAUCUUGAAUUGUUAGGAAAUAGUUUUUUGGGCAAAAUCCCACCUGAAAUUGGCCUCUUAAAGAAUCUCAAAAUUCUCUCCCUUUCUUAUAAUCAGUUCAUUGGCUCAAUCCCUGAGGAGAUAGGACAAUUAACCUCGUUGCAAAUCUUUUACCUCUAUGAAAAUCUACUCUCAGGUCCUAUUCCUCCAGAAUUAGGAAAUCUUCUCAAUCUUGUUGAAAUCUACAUGGAUAACAACAAUUUCACGGGCCCAAUUCCACCUUCUUUCGGGAACUUGACUAGAUUAGAGAUGUUGUAUCUUGAUAACAAUACACUCUCUGGUCAUAUUCCUCCUGAGUUAGGGAGACUAACAGAGCUUCAGGAGCUGAGCAUAUCGGGCAAUGACCUAAAUGGCCCAAUCCCAAAGUCAUUAGGGGAGCUUGGCAAUCUGAACUUCUUGGAGGAAUUAGAUUUAUCAGAAAACCAGCUGACUGGUUCUAUUCCCAGUGCAUUUGGUAAUUUGAGAAGCUUGCAAUUCUUGGCUCUUUGGAGCAAUAAACUCUCGGGUCAAAUGCCCCCCGAGUUGGGGAGACUAACAGCACUUCAGAAUCUGAUUAUGUAUGACAAUGAGCUUAACGGUUCGAUCCCGAAUUCAUUUGGUAACAUGACCAAUCUGCAGCAGUUGUACCUCUCUUUGAAUGAAUUAAGUGGUUCGAUCCCCAAAGAGCUUGGCAAUCUGAAGCACAUUAAAGAGUUGGAUUGGGUUGGAAACCAGCUGAGUGGUCCUGUUCCAAGCACAUUUGGUAAUUUAAGUACCUUACAAUAUUUGGCUAUUGUCAACAAUAAACUCUCAGGCCAAAUUCCCCCUGAGUUGGGGAAACUAACGGCAUUUCGAGAGCUGUUCUUGUCGAAAAAUCAGUUAAAUGGUCCAAUCCCAACUUCAAUAGGUAACAUCACCAAUCUGCGGGCAUUGCAGCUCUAUGCUAAUCAAUUAAGUGGUUCGAUCCCCAGGGAGCUUGGGAAUCUGAAGUUCAUUGAUAAUUUUUUUUUAGGACAAAAUCAGCUAAGUGGUUCCAUACCCAGUACACUAAAGAACUGCUCACGCUUGAUGAGAGUCUCUUUCGGAGGGAAUCAUUUGACCGGAUACCUGCCUGAGUUCUCUCAGAUUUGCCAAAUUCGAGAAUACCGUGCAGUCGGAGUUCAAAAAUCCGAGACCACCGAAACUCGGAUGAGUGUAAUCCGAGACUUUAUGUCCAUACCUACACAAGAAUUCAUUGGAUUUAAGUUAAACUCGGAUUUUGGAAAUCCGAGUUCGUUGCUUAAAAGAUUUAACGUACGUACAAAUAAUUUAACAAUAAUAAGUAGCACUAGUACCAAUUUAACUGUAAUAAGUUACACUAUACGUAUAAAACAUUCAACAUUUUUAAAAAGUGAAUAUGUCAAUUUAAUGCAAAUUCCUAUCAAAACUCAAAUUUUCAAAGUUUUUUGCACUAAAAGAUUUUUUUUUAAAAGAAAAGAUAGUUUUUUUUUUUAUAAAAAAAUUAUGUUCGGCAAGCUCUCGGAUUUCAAAAAUCUGAGUUUACUAUCAAUUCUUUUAAAUUUUUUUGCCGGACGACCCGAGGAUGAGUUUUUUUCUCCGUUAUAUCAUCGAUCACAUGAUAUAAAUAUCUCUGAACUCCAAAACCAUUACUUGACACCAAUAAUCGUCAAAUCUGAUUGGAAGCUGAAUGUAAGAAUAUUACACGUCUGGACAACAACUUUUGGCGAAGUGAUCGUUAAAUCAUAUGUCUGUUUAAGCCGAUUUAUUGUAAUAGCCAAGGUUUUACAAAAGUCGGCGUCAGCUGUGAAAUUCGCCUCCCUCCAUACGGAGUUGGGUUGUCCUGCUAUCAUUUCCACCAUACUUUCACUAUCCACCUCUGUCAACAUCAUUAAUUUUGAUUUGACGAAAUACACGAGAAAUUACAAGUCAAACAAGCAUAAAAUGCAUGCUAUCAAUCCAAUCAUUCCAAUUCUCCAACAAAAAUCUCCACCCAGAGUGAUAUAUAAACCUCCUAAUAAUUCUUCCAUAUUCCUCAGACUAGGGUAUAAUUUUGCUAUGAAAUUGAAAAGAAAAAAAAAUAAAAUGGUUCAUUCUCUCUGUAAGGUGUUGUCAGUUAGCAACCAAAACAAAUAUUCACAACUCACUCAAAAGUGCCUAAAAAUUAAAAUCGGGAGUGUAAUUACUGUUGGAGAUAUUCGGAUAAAACAGCGGAUUCCAAACAUGGGGGCCCAGAUUUUGCCUGACUUGCGUGAUGUUAUAGCGCUGAAAAGCAGAAACACUUUGAUCAUGUUUCACUGGGUUCUAGUUUUCCUGUCGUUAUGUUGCCUGCAAGGACCUGCCGAUUCAUCUUCUUCUGCUCAAAACGAAGCAUCUGCUCUUCUCACAUGGAAAUCCACUUUACAUAACCCGAAUAACCCUCUGUUAACUUCAUGGAAUGGUUCAGUUCCCAGCAGAAGCCCUUGCAGUUGGUAUGGCGUGUCGUGCAUCAAUGGAAGUGUCAACAAGCUCAACCUCGCCGAGUCAAAUAUUUCUGGUGCACUUUACAGCUUCCCGUUUCUAUCACUCCCUAAUCUUGAGUAUCUUGAUUUUUCAAUAAACGAACUUUCUGGUCAUAUUCCUCCUGAGGUAGGGAGACUAACAGCACUUCAGCAGCUGAGUAUAUCGGACAAUGAGCUAAAUGGUCCAAUCCCAAAGUCGUUAGGUAAUCUUACCAAUCUGCAGAAGUUGUACCUCUUCAGGAAUCAAUUAAGUGAUUCCAUCCCCAGAGAGCUUGGCAAUCUAAACUUCUUGGAUGAACUAGAUUUAUCAGAAAACCAACUGAUGGGUUCUCUUAACGGUCCAAUCCCAACUUCACUUGGUAACUUGACCAAUCUGCAGUGGUUGUACCUCUCUGACAACCUACUCUCAGGUCCUAUUCCUCCGGAAUUAGGAAAUCUCCACAAUCUUGUGGAAAUGUACAUGGGGAACAACAAUUUCACAUGUCCAGUUCCACCUUCUUUUGGGAACUUGACUACAUUAAAAAGAUUGGCUCUUUUCAACAAUACACUCUCCGGUCAUAUUCCUCCUGAGUUUGGGAGACUAACGGCACUUCAGCAGCUGAGCAUACAAGGAAAUGAGCUAAAUGGUCCAAUCCCAAAGUCAUUAGUGCUUGGCAAUCUGAACUCCUUGGGUGAAUUAGAUUUAUCAGAGAAUGAGCUGACUGGUCCUGUUCCCAGCACAUUAGGUAAUUUGAAUAACUUGCAAAUACUGUUUCUUUUCAGAAAUAAACUCUCGGGUCAAAUUCCCCCUGAGUUGGGGAGACUGUCAACACUUCAGCUUCUGGGAAUGUAUGGUAAUGAGCUAAAUGGUCCUAUCCCAGCUUCAUUUGGUCAAAUCCCCCCUGAGUUGGGGAAACUAACUGCACUUCAGGAGCUGUACAUGUAUGAAAAUGAGUUUAAUGGUCCGAUCCCAACUUCAAUGGGUAACAUCACCAAUCUGCAGGUGUUGGAGCUCUCUGCUAAUCAAUUAAGUGGCUCGAUCCCCGGAGAGCUUGGGAAUCUAAAGUUCAUAGAUAAUCUAAGUUUAGGAGACAAUCAGCUAAGUGGUUCCAUUCCCAGUGCACUAAAGAACUGCUCAAGCUUGACAAGAGUCUCUUUCGGGGGGAAUCAUUUGACCGGAUACCUGCCCCAGGUGAUAGAAAUAUUGACAUCAUAA